AUGGAGGCAUUAGAGGAAGAGAUCUUUGCGCUGUCCGCCUCUUCUUCAUCUGAUGCAGAAUUUGAUGCUGUGGUUGGAUCCAUAGAAGACAUAAUCAUGGAUGCCAAGUUCCAGGAACUGCAGCGAAGUUUCAUGGACAAAUACUACCAAGAAUUCAAAGACUCUGAAGAGGAUAAAACCACCUACACAUCAGUUUUCCAUGAGUAUCUUUCUGUGAUCGAAAAAUACAUUGAAGAGGAGUUGCUGAAGCGGAUUCCCAAGUUCAACAUGGCCGCUUUCACUUCAACGUUAAGCUCCCAUGAAGAAGAAAUCACUGACGACAUACUGGACAUGCUGCUCACAUUCACAGACAUUUUGGCCUUUAAAGAGAUGUUUCUGGACUACCAAGCAGAAAAAGAAGGCCGGGGAUUGGACUUAAGCAGUGAUUUAGUGGUGACUUCCUUGUGCAAAACAUUGACCAAACCAACUUUGCAGAAUGAUUUGGAGCAUUAG